CCUGGCUGCCGGGAAUCGGGUAUCCGAACGCGGACUGGUAUCUGGAUCUACACGCCGGACAGGAAGAACCAAUAGCGGAGGGAUCUGAGGCUGAAACUACUGCAGGUGAAAGUCAUAAUCACCCACAAUCAAGCACUUCGACAGUCUUCCUCUGGUUCGAGUUUCUGUACCUCCACGGUUAUUUGACCUCUUUCUCCAACAUGUUCGAGCUCCGGCACGUAUUGCCAAACCCACAGUCCCUGCUCUCCUACGUCGCGAUCAUGGUUUUGAACUGGAUGCUGCAAGUCGCCGCGUGUAAGCGUCUCGUUAUUGCGAAGGACAGAACCCUGGCGGAAAAGUUCGGGUUGAGUGCGGACACGGCGGCGGUGGGGCAGAAGAUCUUCGGAACUAAAACUGCCGCGCUUUUCGAGGAUGCGGAAGAAGAUUUCAUUUCGCGAUCGAUUUCCCGGAAUCGGAGCAGACGGAACAGCCGCGACGUUGGAAUCGCGAGGCUCUCAAGUCCAGCCGUGCAGUUAAC